GCGAAUCAAUUGUUGUCAUUGGUCGUGUACGUGGUUCACCAAACAAAUAUUUUUAUUUAUUGUUUACUAAAAUCUUACCGUUAUUUAAAAAAUAAAACGGAUAGUUUUAACAUCUCUGAAACUUUGCAAAUUCCAAUUAUGUACAGUAUGCUUUUUAAUUGACCAACGCGAGUGUCCGAGUGCCCGCCGUGGGUGAUCCAGGGUGUAAUAUUGUGAAUGCAUGUAUAGGAUUCCGUAACCAGUUCUUUUGGUUUUAAUUUAAAUGGACACAGUUUUUAGUAAAACAUUGACAGUAACUUAGUGUCAUAUCAGCAGACGUCGAUGGAUUUUUAGAAGUUGCUUGAGCUUGGAGCGGCUGACAAGAUGAUGGUGGAAACCAUCCUCGAGUCCUCGCAGGACUUUGGCAUGUCCAACGGAUCGCUACCACAAUGGAAGCGCGAGCUGCUGCAGCGUCGAGCCGCACGCUCUCGCGUAGUCGCUCCGCCUGCCGCGCCGCCUCCCCCGCCCCCUCCGCCUCCACCUCCCGCUGACGACGAAGACGAGGAACUGCGGUACGGGCCGGGCAUCGUUAAGCGCCUCAAGUCCCGGUAUCUCAGUCUCGCCCUACGAGAUGCUCCCCGUCGUCGACCCUCGGUGUUGCGGCGCGCCACUUCCCUCGAGCAUUUGCUGGACGAGCGGCCCCCGCCCACGCCCGCGCCUCGCCCCGUACCUUUGCACUGUAGACCUCCACGCCCCGUCUCCGUGGCGGCUCCUCCUGUGCAUCGCCUACCGACCUCUCGCCGAGACUCUGUGAAACGCGCCCGCUCUGUAGAUGCACUCAGCAGACUCGAUCGUGACGAGCCUCCGCCGCCAUCUCCGUCACCGCCGCCGCCGCCACUUUGCCCUCGUCCGACUACAAACCGCACCGCACGCCCCCCGCGCCGCCCCACACCCUUGCUCCGAGAAACCGAACGCCCUCCGCCUGAUCUCGUUCGCUCGACCCUGCGAAAGUUCGAAAGCACCCCGACGCGGCGUAUACAACCUGCAGUUAGGGUCUCGGCAGUGCUGAGGGGUCUCGAGACGCCGCCGCGAACUUCUACACCAGAACCGGCUCCUACAAAAGAUCAACAGCACCCUAAGGAGAUUCCGCCGCGCUCGCCGAGUCCGCCGCUACCAGUUCAAGAAGAACUUCUCGUUCCGGAAGAAACCGAAUCCCACAAUGAAGAAAAACCUCCAGGUGCACGACUGGUAUCCCGCACUGCUCUCGAGGAGAUCGCUCGGGCAGGCUCGAGCACCCGCUACUCGUUUGAAGCUCCGCGUGUUGGCUCGCACCUACCACCUCUAGCUGCCACCAACCCUGUUCUGGUCGGAAAAGCCCGACGCAUCGGAGUCAUCCGACCGAUGCCCGCACUUUCUUUGAACGACGAUAGAGUGACAUCUCCGGCGCCGUCAUCGGUCUCAGAUGAGCCAGCUUCAAAAAUAGAAGAGAGCCAAGUCGCGGCGACCCCACCGCCUCCAGAGAGCGAGCAGACUGUGCAACUUCGUCCCGACAAAAAAGAACCGCCCCCUUCAGCCAUUGUAGAACCCAUUCCUCGCGCGCUCCUCGAGCCGGCUCGCGUUCCUUCCCCGCGACCUCAAUCCCCUAUAACCUUGGAGCGAUCCGAGAUGGUGACAUCGUCGCCGCUGAUGAACGGACACUCUACCGGUGGACAGAAGCCACAUAGUCCAGCAUCGAAGAUCGGUUCUGCGGGCAUCGAGCGAGCGUGGAGCGGGUCCGCGGAGAGCGCCAGUCCGGCCGCCGGCGCGGGCCCGUGGGGAGCGCAGCGCAAGACGCGCGCGCCGCCGCCGUCCACUACGUCCGUCGUCUUCAACUUCUCCGACCGGAAAGAAGUACCUGAUUACAUUGAAAAUGACGGUAUCAUCCUCCGCGGGAGCCGCAGAAACAGGAUCAAGGUGAGUCCCUACAACACCGCUAUAGCUAAUUUGUUGAAUUCGGUGAAAUCUCAAAUUUAUUUUCCAUGUCCAUUUUGAUGUAAUUUAUACAAAUUAAUUUAGCAUCAGAAACGAGUUAUGUCGGCCAUUUUGAUGUUAUUUGUGAACACGCGCUUCCGUGCUUCA